AAACGAUUAGAGAAUUCAGUUGCCGCCGGUCGGUCGUUGCGAGAGGUCACGCGCUAACGGAUACAAUUGAAUUUUAUCACAAUGAAUUAUAACACUCUCGGUUCAACAGGGAUGAAAGUUUCUCACGUAAGCAUAGGAGGUGCAGCAUUCACUAAUAUAUACGGAACAUUCAAUGAGCAAAGCGGCAUAGAUCUAAUAAAAGAGUCAAUGAAACGAGGGAUAAACUAUUUGGAAACUGGCCGUUGGUAUGGUCAAGGUAGUUCGGAGAAAACUAUCGGAAAGGCACUCAAAGGUGUACCCAGAGAUUCAUUCUACAUAGGCAGCAAAGUUGGACGAUAUGAAAAAGAAACUGCCAAAAUGUUUGACUUUUCAGCCGAAAGAACUGAAAUAGGCGUGGAUAAUACAUUGGAGCUCCUUGGUUUAGAUUACGUCGAUUUAAUUCAGGUUCAUGAUGUCACGUUCGCGCCAGAUACAUCAGUAAUUUUAAAAGAAACCUUACCCGCUCUGGAACGCGCAGUCCGUGAUGGGAAAGCACGUUUUAUUGGUUUAGCUGAUUAUGACAUAGAUCUGAUGCAGGAAAUAGUUGAAGAAUCAGAAAUCAAGAUAUCAACUGUAUUGUCCUACGCUAAAUCAACACUUUUUGAUAAUAGGUUACAAAACUACGUUAAAUACUUUAAGGAUAAAGGAAUUGGUAUAAUUAACGCAGCGGCGACAGGUAUGGGGCUGCUUACCAACAAAGGCCCUCAACCCUGGCAUCCAGCAAGCGAUGAUAUUAAAGCUAUUUGUAAGAAAGCCUCAGAAUUUUGUAAGGAACAUAAUGUAGAACUAGCUAGAAUAGCCACUUGGUUUACAUUAAACCAACCAGGCAUAGACACGAAUAUCUGUGGUUUCUACAGCAUGGAACAAAUGGUGGACACCCUUGGAGUCUUACAGGAAGGUUUAACAGAUCACGAAAAGAAAAUAUUAGCCGAGGUUCAGAUGAGAUAUUUUGAUAAGAUCACUUUACAUUGGGACGAUGUUGAAUUACCCGCCCACAAAGCCAAGCUAAAUGAAUUAAAAGGAAAUCAAUAGCCCACCAAAGUUAUGUGUAUUAUAUUUUUGUAUUUGAGAUUAAAGUAUCUUUUUAAAAUAAAAGUCAUAA